AUGCACACCAUCUACGCGCGCAUCAACAACACCUCCGCAUUCCUCUCAUCAUGCGUAACGGCUCUACUCGUAGCGAUCGCCCUGUCAUCUCUUGCCUUCACCGCGGAUCCCAAGGGUCAGCUUGCUGUGGCCUCGAUCCAAGUCCACCCCGGAAAUGCUCGACGCUACGCGAAUAAAAAGCAGGAGUUUGCCUUUGUCAAUUUCAAUGUUUCAGCCGGUACGCACCUUGUUAUGUCUGCGAGGGCUGUAUCCCAUGUCCACGCGUGCUCAAAACCAGACCUCUCGCCUCUGUUUAACUGGAACACAAAACAGCUUUUUUUGUAUCUUAGCGCGGAAUACACUGACAAGAAGGGAGUCGCAAAUGAAGUAGUCAUAUGGGACCGCAUUGUCCGCCGCAAAGAAGACGCACUCAUAUCGACAACGGGCCGCAACAAGUAUGUUUUCCGCGAGCUGAGCGCGUCGUUCAGGAACAUUCCUCCUGCAAAUUACUCUCUCAAGUAUAAUGUCAUGCCGUACGUCGGUGUGCUCACGUACGGCGAGGCUGCACGGACGCCACAGCCUGUUGCAUUCCCCGAAUUACAAAGUCUGUCAUAA